AUGUUCGCUCUGAAUAAUUUGAGAGAAACGGGUAAAGAUAAUGAGAAUUCAACUACGAAAUAUUCAGUGUUAGAAACAUCAUCUUCAACUUCUUCAGGGACGAAACGUCCAACAAAGAUUAAUUCUCCAUUAUGGAAUACGUGGGAAUUUG